CUUUGGCUGGGUCGUGCGCUCCCCAGGCCCCAAAGUGCCCACCACUCCCGCUGGCCCUACACCAGCAUCCUUCAGCCGUUCACGCCAUCCGCCCGGCACCCGCAGUCGUCUGGAUUCCGAAGCUCUGGUCUGGCGGGGAAGAGGCGGUGGAGUGGAAUGUCCUCUCAGGUGAUCUGCAUACGGCUGGCACGGCGUCCCCAUUUCACACACGCAGAAAGUAAGGUUUAGGGAGCUUCAGUGACCUGCUUGAGGGCAUUACAUCUGGGCUGGACUGGAGCCCAAAUCGCUGGACUCCAGGGCGCACAGCCCAGCCCCACCCUCAGAGUUCCUCCUGAGAAACAGCUCCACUGCCCUGGCAAGAACCUUGUGGCCAUGGGGACCCAGAGGGGAAGUGGUGACAGGGACGGAAGACCAGACCUCCCCCAGGCUCACUCAUCCGUGAUGUGAGAGAGAACAAAAGCAAGAGAAAGCUGGUUGAGGGGCAGCAGCCGACAGCUCUGAUUGGGACCCAGGGCCGCAUCUCAAACACCAGGUCACCGGGUCUCCUCGGCUCCUGGCAGGCUCGGGCGCUCAGCCGCAGAAUCUGAGAAAAGAAAGACCCAGAGAGGUGAAGGGACCUGCCCAAAGUCACUCCGUAGCAGAACAGGGACUGAAAAGCCGGCCUCCGCAUUCACCGUCAGAGGGUAUCAGGUCACAGAAUGUUCCUGCAUGCCUCAGUGGCUCUUAAUAUUUGGCCCUGCAGUGCCGUGGCACACUGAUGAAAAUGCCUGAGCCCUUUCCACCUAACAAAUGCACGGAAAUAAAGUCUUACAUGCACUUUGGAAGAGACUGCCGUCCCGUCGCAGCCUACCUGUGCACUGGGUUACAAAGCCUUGGUGGAAGAACAGGACAGUAAAGACUCCUUGGCAAGCCCAGCAGAAUCUGAAGGACUCGCUCCAUGGAGAGCUGCUCAGCGACGAAGGCAGCCAACAGCUCCAAGAACGGCUCGGACUUCAACCCCAUGAAGGAUUACAUGAUUCUGAGCAGACAGCAACAGAUCGCCGUCGCGGUGCUGUGCACCCCCCUGGGCCUGCUGAGCGCCCUGGAGAACCUGGCUGUGCUCUACCUGAUCCUGUCCUCCCGCCGGCUCCGCAGGAAGCCCUCAUACCUGUUCAUUAGCAGUUUGGCUGGGGCUGACUUCCUGGCCAGUGUGGUCUUUGCCUGUAACUUUGUGAAUUUCCACGUCUUUCAAGGCAUGGAUUCCAAGGCUGUCUUUCUGCUGAAGAUCGGGAGCGUGACCAUGACCUUCACAGCCUCUGUAGGCAGCCUGCUGCUGACCGCCAUUGACCGCUACUUCUGUCUGCAUGACCCACCUGCAUACAAAGCCCUAGUCACCCGUGGGAGGGCACUGGUGACCCUGGGCAUCAUGUGGGUCUUCUCAGCACUGGUCUCCUACCUGCCCCUCAUGGGGUGGACUUGCUGUCCCAGUCCCUGCUCUGAGCUUUUCCCUCUGAUCCCCAAUAACUAUCUGCUGGGCUGGCUCCUGUUCAUCGCCUUCCUCUUCUCUGGCAUCUUCUAUACCUAUGGGCACGUCCUCUGGAAGGCCCAUCAUCACGUAGCCAGCCUGGCUGAGCACCAGGAUAGGCAGGGGUCAAGAAUGGAUGGGAUGAGGCUGGAUAUGAGAUUGGCCAAGACGCUGGGGGUGGUGCUGGCCGUUCUUUUCAUAUGCUGGUUCCCAGCACUAACCCUCAUGGCCUACAGUCUGGCCAGCACUCUAAGUGACGAGGUCAAGAAGGUCUUUGCCUUUUGUUCCUUGCUUUGCCUUGUCAACUCCCUGGUCAACCCCAUCAUCUAUGCCCUGCGGAGUAAGGAGAUCCGUUCCUCUGCCUGCCACUGCCUGGCCUACUGGAAGAAGCACCUGACAGGCCACAGGAUGGAAGAAAAAGAGGUCUCAAGGUACUCAGUCACUGACACAGAGGCUGAUAUGAAAAACACCCCGUGGUCAGAUUCUAGGGUUCUGUCUUCUCUGGUUGCUGAUGAGGCCUCUUUCAUAGUUUUGAACAAAUCAGGUCAGAAAUCAUUUCACUCCCUGGAAGAGAGAGAGCAGUCUUAACCCUCUCAUCUCACUGGAACCAGUCCCAGAGGCCUGAACACUUAAACUUCUUUGCUGGUGAGUGUUGGCACCAACCCCUGGAGGGUAGCCUGGUCAUGCCUGUCUGUGCACAGUCUGCUGGACAGCUAUGUCCUGUGAGGAGUGGCUCGGUGGACAGGAGGACAGACGCCUGGUACAGGCUCAGUGCACAUCAGGUCAGGAAAGUCUUCUCAACAAGAUGGCCGAGUGCCCACAUUCUCCAGAGACCACAAGACCCAGAGGGAGCCUUGAAGCUCAGCAAUGAGGGGCUCGGAGAAAAUUUGAGAAGAAUGGCUUAUUCUCCUGGGAUCUCAGGGUAUGGAUGGAUGGAUGGCCAGCUCUUGUUCCUGCUUAGUUGUCGGGGCCUUCUUGGUUGUGGGUCACCCUUGUCCACCGGGGACCUUUUUAGGUCACCCUACCCUACUGAGGACCAAAAACCGUGAUGUGAUGAAAACUACGGGUGUUGGUCCACCUCGUUCAGAAGUAACCGAUAGCCCUCCAGUUAAAGGCGUCUUGUUAUUAGGGUGAUCGCCCUUCUCGACCACUGAUAAUCCCCACUCACAGCUGUGUGACCCCUUAGGUCUCUGGGGAAUAUGGAGGCUGGGAUCACUGUAGACAGAAUCUUCAGAGAAUGUUAUUGGCCAUGUGAAGUGCUAUUUGGUGGCACCACUGGAAGCAGGCAAUGUCCCAGUCUAACCCACCUCCAAGAAAAGGAAGACAUUCACAAAGAUUUUAUACAUCCCUCAACUCACUCUCAUUUCAAGCCUUUUGUCUCCUCCAUGCCUCUAGGACAAAUAAGAAACAGAGCAAGGAGGAAGGGGGGGAGUUCCUUUACUAUGUGCUAAGCACAGGGCUGACAGCCCAUGCUCCAUUAUCUCCAGAAAGAUUACAGCCCCAGUGCUUUUGAAGAUCCCAGGACACUGUAUUUUACAUAUCAGGGAGGCCUCAAAACAGUAGGCAAGAGAAAUUGUUGGUGGCGGCCAGAUUGCGGGAAUUCUAAUGCAAUUAUUUGGGACCAAAGACAGAAUAAAAAGAAAGAAAUGAUUAAAUACAUCUUCAUUUAA